ACACAAAUGCCCUCACAUCAUAGCCGAAUGCGUCAACCACAAGGUAACCAGCUAGGGGCACCUCACCAGCGCAAACCCUGCCGUGCUCUCGGGGCCCGAAGCAACAGGAUACAGUCCCAGAAAAAUAACACAGGACGCAACCUGGAUAGCAAAGAUCAUUCAGUGUCAUCCAAAGCCAUGGGGUUCACAUGCCUUGCUGUGAUGCUGUCUGUCACCAUGAUCCAUCCCGUUUCAGGUAUGAGCUUUAUGACUCCUGAACUGGAUACACCACCAACAUCAACCCCAGACUCUUACCCUCUGGGUGAUCUGAUCCAUGCUGCCCUGCAGAGUAAGGAAUACUUAGGCCAGGCUUCUCCAAGCACAGGUACCACCACCAAUCCAACACAAGCUGUGCCUGGGCUCGGGCAGACUGAGUCAACAGCGACAGUCAUAUCUCCAGGACUGCUCACCACAGCUUUAAGCUCCUCUUCUUCUGCCAGCCAGACAGGAUCAAGGAAUACCAUGUCCUUGCUUCCCCUAGAAGAGGAGACAACCACCACUCUGAUCACGACCACCACCAUAACUACAAUGCACAUGCCAGUACAAUGCAAUGCAUCUUUGUCAGCAGUGGAGGAUGUUGUUGAAUCACCAGAUCCUGCAUCAUCAUCAUCAUCCUUUUCCCCUCUGGAAUGCACUUAUAGCAUUACUGUGUAUGCUGGCUAUGGUGUGGAAAUCCAGGUGAGGAAGGUCAAUCUGUCCAAGGAGGAGUCUUUGACAAUCAUGGGUUUUGGAGGAAGAGGACCAGAGAUGUUGGCCAACGAGACCCUGAUGAGAGAGGGUCAGGUGAUUCGCAGUGCAACCAAUCAGGUGUACAUUCACUAUCGCAGUCUCAAACAGACCAACCACGGCGUGUUCAGCCUCCACUAUCAAGCCUUUCUGCUGUCCUGCUCAUUCCCCACGUCUCCUGAGGGCGGUGGCGUGACUGUGACAGACAUCCACCCCGGAGGACAGGCUCACUUCCACUGUGACCCAGGUUUCCAGGUCCGCGGCCAUGAGGUGGCUACGUGUGUCAACACCACACAGCCACACUGGAGCACUCCUGAGCCUCAGUGUGUCGCUGUGUCUUGUGGGGGAUGGAUUCGCAAUGCGACAGUGGGUCGGAUACUGUCUCCACCUCCUCCAUCUGUCAGCAACCACAGUAAUGGAAAUAACCUGAGCUGCCACUGGUUAAUAGAAGCCAAAGAGGGACACAGACUUCACCUACACUUUGAGAGGAUUGCACUGGAUGAAGAUGAUGACAAGUUAAUUGUGCGCAGUGGAAACAGUUCCCUGUCUCCACCGCUCUUUGAUUCUGACCUGGAUGAUGUCCCAGAACGUGGGUUGCUCAGUGAGAGCUCCACACUGUACCUGGAGCUCACAGCCGAUUCCUCCUCCAUCCCUCUGCUUCUGGCACUGCGAUACGAGGCUUUUGAUGAUGAACACUGCUGGGAGCCAUAUAUGCCUCAUGGAAAUUUCAGCAGCAGUGACAUCACGUAUCAGCUCGGCACCACUGUUACCUUUACGUGCUCUCCAGGCUUUGUCAUGGAACAAGGCUCGGGGACAAUUGAGUGUGUCGACCCCAGCAAUCCUCACUGGAAUGACAGUGAACCUGUGUGCCGAGCGCUGUGUGGAGGGGAGUUAACCGAGCCCACAGGCACCAUCCUGUCUCCAGAUUGGCCCCAGAGCUACUACAAGGGGCUAGACUGUGUAUGGCAGAUCCACGGUAAUGAGGAGAAACGCAUUGAACUGGAUGUCCAGAUCUUGAAUAUCCGCCACACUGAUAUACUGACCAUUUUUGACGGACGUGAUCUCAUGUCUCACGUGAUCGGACAAUACCUGGGGUCCAGAGAGCGUUUCCAGGUUGUGUCGGGGGGAUCCGAGGUCACCAUUCAGUUUCAGAGUGAUCCAGAUGAUUCCAGUUUUAUCCUAAGUCAGGGAUUCCUCAUUCAUUAUCGAGAGGUUGAGCCAAACGACACCUGCCCAACCCUCCCGCAAAUUGAGUUUGGCUGGACCAGCUCCUCCCACUCGUCCCCAGUGAGAGGCAGUGUGCUGACCUACCAGUGCCAACCAGGAUAUGACAUCAGUGGCUCUGACAUCAUCACCUGCCAGUGGGACCUGUCCUGGAGCAGCAGUCCACCCACUUGUGUUAAGGUCCAGCAGUGUCCUGACCCAGGAGAGGUGGUAAACGGAGCACGCUCGGUGCGGCCUGAAGCAGGUUUUGCAGUUGGAACAGUUGUCCGUUUCUCCUGUAACCAGGGUUACCAACUGGAAGGUCCCAGCCAAAUCUCCUGCCAUGGCCGAGACACUGGCACCCCCAAAUGGAGCGAUCGCAGCCCAAAGUGUGUCUUAAAGUAUGACCCGUGUCCAAACCCCGGCGUCCCUGACAAUGGUUACCAAACCUUGUACAAGCACAGCUACCAGGCAGGAGAGACUCUGCGAUUUUUCUGUUACGAAGGCUAUGAACUUAUCGGUGAGGUCAUUAUCAGCUGUGUUCCCGGUCAUCCCUCUCAGUGGAAUAGCCCUCCACCCUUUUGCAAAGUGGCAUAUGAGGAGCUCUUGGAUGAUCACAAAUUAGAAGUGUCCCAGUCAUUUGAGCCGUCCCAUCAGAUCCUGAGUGAGAACAUUGCUUUGGCAAUAAUUCUGCCAAUCAUCCUGGUCAUCCUCCUGAUUGGAGGAAUUUACAUGUACUAUACAAACAUAUGCAGACUAGAGUGGAAGCCACUCUUCUGGAAGUCUCUGUCUCACACACACUCCUACAGUCCCAUUACAGUUGAGUCAGAUUUCAACAACCCUCUUUAUGAGGCAGGGGAUACACGGGAGUAUGAAGUAUCCAUUUAAAGGAGAAAAUGUCUUGGUGAGAAUUAAAAUCCACAGUUUUUGAAUGAUGAAUUGGUUAAUAUUAUAAGGCCUCACACGCCCUUCAACAUUCAUUUUUAAUUUUCUUUCUGUUUUACCAUCAUUGUGUCUUUGGUUUAUCAACUGUGGAAUAGCAUUAUUUUGAUUAGUUACAUUGCCAAAAAUGGGUCCUACUUUGCACCGCAGCUUUCUGUAUCAUUAGGAUUGGUGCCUUAUGAAGGACAAGGAACUGACAACAAAGAAAAACUAACAGUGUGGGAGGAAUAAGAACAGGAAUGGGGGAAGGGGUAAAGGGGAAUUCAUUAAUUUAUUUAGUGAAAUCAUUAUGAAUCCAAAACAUUAGAGAACUUGGCAAUACUUUAUUUUGUUACACUCAAAAGAUACAGUCAUGAGCAUAGAAUACAUGAUGAAUGUUUUUCUUUCAUGGUACAUUUUACAAAAUCUUAUAUUAAAAGGGAAAAUUCUUUCAUGUAUGUUUUCUGAAACAUUUUUUCCUCAUUUUAUCUCUGUGAAACACACACACACACACACACACACACACACACAAAUUGAAUGUAAAUAUCUGACUUAAUAUUAAUUGAGGUUAAUAUAUAUACUUAUUAUAUAUGCCUCAUAUAUACAGUACACUUAUACUUGGUGGCUGGGGGUUAUAUAUUUUCAUUAUAUAUAAUGAAAAUUCAGUGCCAAAUUAUAAUGUUAAAUAAUUUAAUGUCCCUAGGUGUUUCAUCUGUUGUUGCAGUAGUAUUUACAAAGAACGUGCUUAUUUUUUUUCUUUGCUGUUUCUGGAGUGCAUUGUCACCCACUGUCACAUGACCUAUAAGAAAAGCUGAGAACAUGAAUGUCAUUAUGCUUAGAGCAUGCACUGAUUGUAAAUUUUAUUGCUUCUGCUCAAUCUCGCUGUUAUCAUUAGAGUUAUUGACAGUUAUCAUUGUUAUCAGAUUUGAUGUUGUAUGCACUAUGUUGAUGAAAAACUACCAAUUGGGCUGCUUGCUGUGAUGCAUUAUGUAUUUAUUUACGAAUGAUUGUUUGAACAGUGAAUGCAGUAUCAUUCACUGUACCAAAUGAAGGAUCUUGGAGACUGUUGCUUUGUAGACUUAUUCUUCUCUUAUCAUCAGUAGCAUUUCUUUGCUUCAUAUACAAAUACACUCUUUUGAAGGCAGUAAAUUAUUUGCUGAACUGGAAAUAAAGUCUUUGUUGAAUGGUGUAAA